AUGUCUACCGGCGUCUCAAGCAGUAGCACAAAUCGGGCUGUGUGCAGUGUUGGAUUUGAAUCAAGCAGUGGCAGAAGCAACAGGUCUCGGGUUCUGAUCAGCGGCGAUUGGGCUUCCAGGAAGGAUCGGGACGUUAUGAUCGUACAUGCUACCGUAGAUGUCGGUGCUUCUACUACCUUUGUGCGCUCCAAUUGA